CAGAUUAUUUUAUUAAAUAUUUGCACAGUUGUUUCUACUGUCAAUCCGAUUAGGGAAGUACACGCGCAUUUCAUAAGAAUAAUGGCGCGCACAGUGGCGCAGGCACUGCUCCUAUUUUGCCUAGUGACGCAUGCAGUUAGUUUGCCUGUAACACAAAAGAAGGAUGACAAGAAGGCAGACGCCAGUACCCCCGCGACAGUUGAGGUUGAAACUGCAUUAGAGUACGAACGUUACCUGCGCGAAGUUGUCGAAGCACUCGAGGCUGACCCUGAGUUCCGCAAGAAGCUUGAUAAGGCGCCCGAGGCAGACAUACGUAGUGGAAAAAUAGCGCAGGAACUUGACUAUGUGAAUCAUCAUGUGCGUACAAAGCUCGAUGAGAUCAAGCGCCGUGAACUGGAACGUCUGCGAGAAUUGGCCAAUAAGGAGUUCGAGCUGAGUAACGACAUUGACCGCAAGCAUCUAAAGGUGCCACAACAUUUGGACCACGGCAAUGAGCACACUUUUGAAAUUGAUGAUUUGCGAAAGCUGAUACAAAAGACGUCCGAAGAUUUGGCGGAGGCGGAUCGCAAGCGACGCUCCGAAUUCAAGGAAUACGAGAUGCAAAAGGAAUUCGAGCGGGAGGCACAGAAGAAGGAAAUGGACGAAGAGUCGCGUAAAAAAUUUGAAGCUGAAAUGAAGGAGAAAGAGGAAAAGCACAAGAAGCAUGAAAAAGUGCAUCAUCCCGGCAACAAAGCGCAGCUGGAGGAAGUCUGGGAGAAACAGGAUCACAUGGAGAAAGACGACUUUGAUCCAAAGACAUUCUUCUCCGUUCAUGAUGUUGACAGUAAUGGUGUCUGGGAUGAAGCUGAGGUAAAGGCGUUGUUUGUCAAGGAGCUGGACAAAGUGUACCAAAGCAACCUACCCGAGGAUGAUAUGCGCGAGCGGGCUGAAGAAAUGGAACGCAUGCGUGAGCACUAUUUCCAAGAAACGGACACAAAUCACGAUGGUUUGAUCAGCAUGCAGGAGUUUCUCACACAAACCGCUAAGGAGGAGUUCCAAAAAGAUCCCGAAUGGGAGACCAUUGAUCAGCAGCCUCAGUACACCCAUGAAGAAUAUUUGGCUUUCGAACGUGCCCGCCAGGAAGAGGUGCAGCGCAUGGUCGCCCAAGGACUACUUCCACCCCAUCCAAACAUGCCUCAGGGUUACUACGCUGCGGCACCCCCACCAGGUGGUAUGGCCUACCAACAACCCCCGCCCGGUGCGCAGCCAAUGCACUACCAGCAACCGGACCAAAUGCACAUACAACAGCAACAACAAUACCAUCAGCAACAGGCCCAAUACGCACAGCACCAGCAGUAUGGACAGCCACAGCCGGUCCAACUAAAUCCCAACCAAGUUUAUCAGCAUGUUGGCAAUCAAGCCCAGCCGCAAUAUCAACAGCAACAACAGCCCGUCUAUCAGCAACAACUGCCCGUUUAUCAGCAACCUCAGCAGCCUAUGCAACAUCAACAGCCCGUACAACAUCAACAGCCCGUACAACAACAACAGCCUGUGCAACAACAACAACAACCUGUGCAGCAACAACAACAACAACCUGUGCAGCAACAACAGCAGCCUGUUCAACAACAACAGCAGCCUGUGCAACAGCAACAACAACCUGUGCAACAACAACAGCAGCACCAACAGCUAAACAAUCAAAGUCCUCCGCCUGCGCAAAAUCAACAACUACCCGUGCAGCAACAGCAAAAGCAACAACAACAACAACCUGUUGCUCAACAAGCGCAAGUGCCGGCCCAAACACAACAACAGCAGCAAAAACACUAAACGCAACAUUCCACGUUGGGACAUCUGUGCUAUAUCUUUUGUCUAUGGUAAAUUCUAGUUGAAAACUUUUGUAAAUUGACUGAAAACAACAUAUAAAUUUAUGUGCUAAAAUCACAAACAUCAA